AACCGUGCGGAGAAUUUGCAGUGUUUGUGAGCUCGGGAGGCGGGAGCUGGGAGCCGGGAGCUGAGAGCGCCGAGGGCAGGCGCCGGCUGGCUGCAGGGUCCGCGACAGCUCCGGCUACACGGCUGGGGCUCAAGAGGUAUGCAGAUAGAAGCAUUGGAUCCUGAGUGGAGGGACAACUGUUAGCACUGGACACUGCAAACCAAGCCUUUCUGGGUGAAGGUCCCUGCGAGAACACAGGCUCACGUCUUCCCCCACCCCCAAGCGCAUUCCCAUCACCUCCGACCUGCACACUUCCGGCAAGCAUAGCUAGAUCUUGGAGGAGGCUGCCCCAGACAUUCCUGCUGAUGCCUGUCUGAUCCUGCCUCUGUGAAGCAUGGCCCCCACGGGAUUACGGGACAAAUCAUAGACCCUGAGCCACACCUGCUCGGAGAGGCGCACUUCACAGCCUCGCUUGGCUCCAGCUGCUGUCAAGCCUCGAGACUCACUCCCAUCCCCACAAUGCCUUCAGGAGCCAUGGCCACGACUGUAUGAGGUCCUUCCCGAGCAGGACUUGACCUUGCUACCCAGCAAGGCUCUGGCGUGACCUCCACCACCUCCCAUGCCUGGCAACCAAGGCAGACUAGAAAAUGUCUGUGCCACGGAUCCAAGUGGAAGAAGUGGAUGAGAAAGACAGACUGGCAGGAGCAGCCGCACCUCCCGAUGACCACCUACUCAGCCUGAAGGCCCUCACCGAGAAACUGAGGCUAGAGACCCGAAGACCCUCCUAUCUGGAAUGGCAGGCCAGGCUAGAGGAGCAGACGUGGCCUUUCCCAAAGUCAGCUGCCCCACAAGAGGCAAGCUUGGAACAGGGAGCCUGUGGAGAUGGAGUGCCGUCAGUCCCUCUGAGGGAAUCCAGAGAGCUGCUCCCACCUCCCAGGAGUACCAGCCAGGGUGACGGACCUCUGACCACAGGCAAGCUGGAAGGCUUCCGGAGUAUCGAUGAAGCUAUAACCUGGCUCAGAAAGGAACUGGCAGAGAUGCGGCUCCAGGACCAGCAGCUGGCCAGGCAGCUCAUGCGCCUCCGUGGAGACAUCAACAAGCUGAAGAUUGAGCAGACCUGCCGCCUGCACAGGAGGAUGCUCAACGAUGCCGCCUAUGAGCUGGAGGAGCGCGAUGAGCUGUCCGACCUCUUCUGCGACUCCCCUCUGGCGUCCUCCUUCAGCCUUUCCACACCGCUCAAGCUCAUUGGCGUCACCAAAAUGAACAUCAACUCCAGAAGGUUCUCUCUCUGCUGAGAAGCCUUGGGAUGGAAGGGGGGGACCAGAGCCAAGGGCUGGGGGCAGGGGCUCAGACCGAGUUACUGGAAGCAGGUCUCCCUGAGGACAUGCUGGGAAACGGAAGGCCCCCGGGGCAUCAGCUUUGCAUACCUGGGUCUUCACAUUCAAUUCCCGAAGAGUCUACAGACACUAUGUAAGACAGGGGUCUCGGAGACAUCCCUGUGGCCUGCUCCCCUCUGUGGCCUAAAAUCAUUGGUGCUAUGAUGUUGGAUCCCAGAGGGGUCUCACACACACACACACACACACACACACACACACACACACACACAGCUUGUUCGUACAGAAAGCUCCCCUCUGAGGAAGCUGGGAAGAUUAAAUGUGUAAGGCACCCUCAUCUCUCAUGUGCUGUUACCAUCCUUUCAGUCCUAGCUCUAAUUGCUCCUAAGUAGGUGACUCAGCAGCCUGAACAGGGAUGCGCUAGGACAAGCAAACCUAGAGGAAUAACGAGGUGGCACGUGGGAACGCAGGCUUCUCUUUGAUGGGCGCCAGCAUCCCUGGGAGGGAGCUCCGCCCUGUGACUUUGAACUACAGCCUUAAUGCUACAGGGCCAUGCUGUUUCCAGCUUGCUCCAUGACACAUGACGCAUGUCCCUUGUAUAGCUUCAGUAGAGGGACCCAGACACCCUGCUGUCCAGGCUAGCUCCAAUUACAACCACUUCAGCUUUUUCUCUGCCACUCACAACCCCAGGGGAGCACCUAGCAGUCCGCUGGUGAUUAAACCAGGCAGAUAGGAAACAGAUUUCCCCCAAGUAAAUUCUACUGUAGCAGGCAUGACAGAGGCCUUCCUGGUGGAACCUGAUGGUGUCACACACAAUACCUUAUCCUCAGCACCAAAGACCCCAGGGAGUCCAGAAGCCCGCCCCUAGUCUCUCUUCAAGACCGUGCCUGACCCAAACAGUGAAUUUUAAUUGACCAUGACUGUUAACUAAUGUGUUGCUAACUCGUUAAUACCCGUCUGAUUCUUGUCCAAACUGAGAACCAAUUGAGUAAGCCAAGCAGAGUUUGGGGUUUAGUUUUGAGAGUUUUUUUUCCCCCCUUAGGAGAAACAUGGAGAUCAGCAAAAUGUUAAGUUGAUCGGUUCAGGGAAGACCUAAUACAGCACAUCCGGCCACAUGUAAUCCUGUUGACACAAGUUUCUCAGACACUGGGUGUGUCUAGUGAGGCCGGCUCAUUAGCAGAGGGGCCAAAGGGAAGCCAGGAAUGAGAACAGCUUCCCUCAAGUCACCUGGCUGCUUAGUAGCUGUAGAAUACUAAGGUGUGAAAUUACCAUGAGUCAGGCCUAGACGGAUCUCCUGUCAGUGAACUUAAACUCCAAGAGAUGAUCCUGAUGUUCUGCCAAACCCGUAAGUUGCCAGCUUCUCUCCCUGUCCCUUUCAAGACCCCACCCAUUCUCCCCACUUUGCAAUCCGAAGUCUUGGGGGAAGGGGAGACGCAUGAUGCCCGGAUGGUGGACCCUCGGCACUUCCCAUCUGUCAUGGUCCUGUAGUCUACACUUCUGUCAUGGUCCUGUAGUCUAUACUGACUGCUCUCUGUGUAUAUAAUGCUUUUUCUCCCUGGAAUCCCAAUUGGCUGUGUCCACACACACCAUAACACACCCAGGGAGAGGCUAUGGGAAGGUGUAACUGAAUGGUCACGUAUGACUGAACGGUCUCUUCCUUGUGAUUUCAGAGCCAGGCAGUUUGUGUUUCUUUUUUAAAAGGUAGAAUAAGAUAGCCAAGAUUGUUUUUUAAAGCCCUGAAGUCCAGAGGCCUUGACCUCAGUCCCUUCCUUAGAGACCACAUAAAACACUGCCAAGUCCCCAGAGGCCUCAGCACCUCUCAGGACCUCCUGACUCCAGCCUCCCGCUGGCUGUCCCUCACACACCACGUCGCAGAGAACACAUGAGAGAAGGCCCAUCCCAUAUUCUAAAAACAAGGCCAACCUGGUAAGAAAUUAAUCAUUAGCCAUGCUACCAUGUCCUUAAUCCCAGCACUCAGGAGGUGGAGGGGGGAGGAAAAGGAGUUCAAGGCUAACCUAUGAUACAUAGUCAGUACUUCAGGCCAGCCUAGGCUACGUGAGACCACGUCUCGAAAACACAAAAAAGGAAAAGAUGUCAGUCAUUACAGAAACUGGCACCCUCAGCUUAAAGCAAUUGAACUGGAUGGGGUCAGCAACUAAAUAUGUGAUUGAGCAGCUUGUGCUCAGUUAGCCCAGCAUCUUCCUCCUACUUCUGUUCUCUGAGGAAACUUUGUCCCAGGCAUGGAUUUGAAUAGGUUAGGUGCCUCAGCUUAGGCUGUUCAUCUCAAGUUCAUCCUGGGAUGAAGACGGAAGGUGGGGAGGUGAGGGUGGGGUCACAAAAGUGGAGCGGAAAGUCAUUUUAUUUUCUCACAUGCAGUUAGUAUCUGUUAGUCCCCGGCCUUUCAUGGUGAGCACAAGUCAUUAACUGUUCAUUCUGUUUGUAGAAUCCAUGCAGAGAUGUCUGUAGGUCAGUGGCAACAUUAGCAGCCUUCCUCAGCCGGUUUCCGGGCUUACCGUUGUACACAGUCUAGUUUGCUGUUUCAUCAUUAACCAUCUCCAUGCCCCCCCAAGUCUCUCCACCCCACUGUGAGACACGAAAUAUCCACUGUGCUGCCACAAGGCCAUGCCCAUUGCCUGCUUGGACUCAGUAGCAAUCACAGAGCCCUAGAGGCCCUGGGCGGGCCUGGUUGUAACCUGGUCUCAUCCAAGAUCUGCCCCUGUAGCAAUACCAAGUGCUAUUACAUAAUCAAUGGACAAUUUACAAUUUUAUUUUUAUGAUUAUUUGUUUCUAUAUUACUGUUAGAAAAAGUGAAAUAAAAAUAUUUCAAAAGAAGAUA